AUGUCAUCCGAUCAAGAGCAAAGAAAGGAGGAUCCCAAGCCGCAUGAGCGUAUGUACGACGGGGAGAAACAAAUCCAGAGAAACCCGCAUGGAAACUUCAAAGAAGUAGAAGCAAGCCGUUCCCCCUUCGACUCUCAAGCCAAAUGGCACUUUACGCAAACUCCUCAACCAGACUGGAAAGUCGGCCAAGGUGCCAACGAUGGUGGCGAAUCCCUGAAGAAGAACCACGUUGAGAUCAACCCGUACGAAGAAGGCCGCCCGGCAACAUUCAACUACAAGCUUCUCAUCUCAGCAAUCAUUCCUCGUCCAAUUGGUUUCGUCAGCACCCUCUCCCAAGAUGGCAAGAGCACAAACCUCGCUCCCUUUUCCUACUUCUCGGUGGUCAAUCAUGAUCCUCCCGUCUUCACCAUUGGUUUCGCAGGAGGCUUUGACAAAGCCAAAGACAGUCUUCGCAAUCUGAAGGAGUCGGGAGAGUGCACCAUCAACAUCAUCUCGGAACAUUAUCUCGAAGCAGCAAACGCCACGUCCGUAAACUCUCCCUAUGGAGUCUCUGAAUGGGCUCUUACCGGCCUGACCCCUGCGCCAUGCAGUCAAGUUAAAGCGAGCAGAGUCAAAGAAGCAGUCUUCAGCAUCGAAGGCAAACUGAUGAACACGCAAGAAUUUGAAAGUCGAGCGACUCCAGGCAAGAAGACCGGCGUGCUGGCCGUCAUUGAAGGAGUGAGAUUCUGGGCCCGAGAGGAUGCUAUCAACGCAGACAAGAACCUCAUUGACCCCGCCAUUCUACGUCCCAUUUCAAGGUUGGGAGGCAUCACGUAUGCUAGAGUCCUGAACGGAAUUGAGCUGCCUAGGCCUGAUUGGGAUGAGUUGAAGGGAGAGGCGGAGCCUGCGGAUCUCGUGCAGCCAAAGGCUAGUCAGCAAUGA